AAUGCCAGGGUCCCCCGCGCACCCACGGACGGUGUCCCGUGGAGACCCUGGCGCCUGUGGGACUCUGAUGCCCUUCUGGGUCUGUGUGUCCAUCAUCACCUCUUUGAGGCUGUUGGCACAUUCCCGGCACACCCAGAAGGGCCGCCUCGCGUGCCCGUCCUCUUGCCCAUCCUACCCGUGCAUGUGGCUUUGACACCCAUCCCCAGCAGCGCCUGUCCCCCCAGUCCACCUGUGCCCUCCAGGAUGGCGAUUCUGCCCCACGGCCUGCGGCGGGAGGGCUACACGGUGCAGGUGAAUGUCAACGACUACCUGGACAUCUACUGCCCGCACUACAACGCCUCGGUGCCCGAGCACAAGCUGGAGCAGUACGUGCUGUACAUGGUGAACGCAGAGGGGUACCGCACCUGCAACACCAGCCAGGGCUUCAAGCGCUGGGAGUGCAACCGGCCCCACGCGCCCCACAGCCCCAUCAAGUUCUCGGAGAAGUUCCAGCGCUACAGCGCCUUCUCACUGGGCUACGAGUUCCGCGCGGGGCAGGAGUACUACUACAUAUCCACGCCAACACACAACCACCGCCGGGCCUGCCUGAAGAUGAAGGUGUUUGUCUGCUGCGCCUCCACGUCGCACUCCGGGGAGAAGCUGGCGCCCACCCUGCCCCAGUUCACCCUGCGGCCCGAGGUGAAGAUCGAGGACCUGGAAAACUUCAACCCGGAGAUGCCCAAGCUGGAGAAGAGCAUCAGCGGCACCAGCCCCAAGCGGGAACACUUGCCCCUGGCCGUGGCCGCCGCGCUCUUCCUCAUGACGCUGUUGGCCUCGUAGCUCCCGGGUGCCGCGGGGGCCCGGCCAGCGCCGCUCUGCCGAGUGCGGCCCCCCCGACCUGCUGCCCCUCGUGAGAGCCAGCGCGACCACCACCCCUGCCCGGAGAGCCGCCUGCAGAGCUGCCCCGGGGGCGGGGAUCACGGCACGCACCGGUCCGGAUGGAUUCGCCUCCCGUCCCGCCAGCGGAUGCGGCCACGUCCGCAGGGAUGCGGCCGAGCGCGCUGCGCCCGCCGCCGACACCACCCCGGGGCGCGGGGGUCCUGCCCGCAGCCCCCCGGUGCCCCGUGGCUGCCCCGUGGCUCGGGGGCAGCGCCAAACGGGGGAGCCCGAUGAGAGCAGGGACCCCCGGGGCCGGGCAGCCUGUACAUACCCAUAUAGAUCUAUACAUACUGUACAGAGAGCGACUACAGAGAUAUAUCUAUACUGUACCAUAGGCAGUGGCGCCGGCCCCGGGCUGGCUUGUACAUAGUCGAACGUGUUGGAUUUUCCUCGUCUUCCGUGAAGACCCGACCUAUGCAAACGCACAGACACUUUUUGGGGAAAAAAAAAAAACCAACAAAACAAGACAAAAAAAAAAAAAAAA